AUGUCGCGGCAUCAAUAUGAUCUUGUGCAAUGCAUGAAGCAGCCGGGCACCAAAGUCGGUCUUUUGUGCCUGCUGUGCGAUGGAAAAUGUCCCAUCUGUGAUCUGAUGGUGAAUCCUACAAGAAAAGUACGAGUUUGCGAUUCAUGCUCAUUCGGUCAUUUGGCACAUCGAUGUAUAUUAUGCAGCGCCCAUUUGGGCGACAAUCUAGAUCUGGCGGCGGCGGCGUAUUAUUGCCUGGAAUGUGUCUUAGAGGAGAAACACAGGGAAGGAUGCCCGCGAAUUUUAAACGUGGGAAGUCUGCGUGCUGAUCAAAGACUUCGACAGAUCAAAUCGUAG